UCAGAAGAGAGACUCAAUAGCAAUAAAAAAAAAAAAAAAAAAAAAAUGGGGAUUGUAGCAUUCCAUUGGGAAAACAAGCAACUGACGCUGCUCCAUAACAGAGACAAUUUUGAUUACUGGAGGAUAAAAGCGGCGGAUUGGGAUAAAAAAGAGGAGAUAUUGAGUGGUUGGAUUGAACAGCUGGGAGGGACAUGGUGUGGUAUCUCUAAAAGUGGCCGAGUUGCUUUUCUUGUGGACUCAGACUCAUUCUCUAACGGUUUAAACAGAUGCUUGAAUUCGGCCAAGUUGCCUGCUGAAUUCUUGGCGACCAGCUGGAGUCCAGCGGAAUUUGCAAGUAUGGUGGCUAAAAGGGAUUCGUUUAACACCGGUUUGGCCUAUAACCUAAUUGUGGCCGACAUAACUUCAAACACCAUGUCUUAUAUCUCCAAACCGCUUGCAAAGAAGAAAAAUGUGCAUACAGAAAAUGUUGGUUUUGGUGUGCAUAUCCUUUCUUUAGCCGGACUCGAUGCCAAAUCUCCCAAAGAUUUACGUCUGAGACACCAUUUUAUGGAGAUGCUGAUUGGUGAUUAUAAAAACAAACCGCUUAAGGAGAUUGCUACGAGGCUUAUGUAUGAUCCAAACGAAGCUGUGAAAGGAGACAAACUGAGCGCAAUUUUCGUCGACUCAAUGAUUCAGAUUAACAGAGGAGAAAAACGACGCUAUAGAACAACGUGUACAACAGCAUUGACUGUGAAUCCCGAUAAGGAAGUAAAGUUCUUUGAGGGGUAUCUGAUGAUCAGUGGCCAAUGGAAAGAGCAUGACUUCACUUUCCAGCUCGACUAAAUGGUUUGCUAUAUCAACAUUGCGCAGGCAGCAUCCAUCCGAAUAUUAUAAUUACUACCUAUAACUAAUAAUAAAACUAUCUCGGUGAUGUCCUUGUCGUAGAACUAUCUAUCUUAAUUUUAUUAAUCUUGUCGUUGUCGUCGAUUCAGGGAAUUCUAUUUCCUUUGGUCGUCACACUUAUCUCUAGUCGUCUGUCUAAGAACAAUAUGCUUAAACUAAAAAAUAAAUA